GAGCGGAAGCAAAAGCCAGUAAGAUAAAGUGAUAAAGUGACGGACACCACAUAUAUCAACAAUAACCACAGCUCAUUGGAAACAAUGGAGUCAACACUAGAGCUGACACUGCAGUCGUACAACAUGGCGCAUCCGAAGCGCGGCAUUGCAGUGAUUAUCAAUAAUAACGGGGAUCGAGAAGGCUCGGAAAAAGAUGUGGAAGCAUUACAGGCCGUAUUGAAGCACCUACAGUUUGAUGUGCGUCUCUUAAGCGAUAAAACGACGGUUGAAAUCAGACACGCUCUUAAGGAGGUUUCCCAAGAGGACCACUCCAACAACGAUUGUCUGGCAAUUAUUGCGAUAGCGCACGGAUAUAAUGAUAGGAUCGAUUUCGACGACGGUUAUUUGCAUAUUGACGAACUGUGGACAAAUUUUGUUGGAAACAAGUGUCCUUCGCUGAUUGGAAAACCGAAACUUGUGUUCAUUCAAGCGUGUCGCGGUGGAAAACAUGACUACGGAGCAUCGACAGCCACAGCAGAUGCGAGGCCCGGUCUGGAGGAACCGGUUGAUGUCAAAAUACCAAUGUAUGCCGAUCUUUUAGUGAUGUACUCAUGCUACGAACAUCACGUUUCGAUGCGUUUCCCUAACGGAUCCUGGUUCAUACAGUCGCUUUGCCAAGUGCUGGGUGCCAACAUUGCCAAGACGGAACUUCUGGCUUUGCUGACUCAUGUAUCCUACCUUGUGUCCAUCCGAUCGGGCCAAACUAAGCAAAGUAAAGUGGUAAAACAAAUUCCGAUGGUUACUUCCAUGCUCACGAAAGCAUUUUCCUUUGUGCCAAAAUCCUCAGCAGACUAGCUGGUAUAUACAGCACCACCAACAAAUUUACUCAGCAAACUAGCUGGUAUAUACACCGCUGAAUAAAUUAGA